AGCAAUUCAGUUGAGCAUUGGACGGCGGAGCGAACGCACAGUUUACGGAUUAUUUCGAAUCGGGCUGGAUUGCAAAGGAAAGGCUCAAUACGCUGGUAGUGAAGUAAAGAAAUCAAAAAUAAAAAAGGUUCAACAAGAAAUAAAACUCUGCCAUAAUGUGUUAAAAAAUGUAUUAAAAGAAUUUAAAAAGGGAAGAAAAAUCAUUUGAUAAAAAUAAAAUAAAAAACAAGUAGCAAGCGUAGCAUUGUGCAAAAGUGCCAUCUUCCAAGAUGAGUUAUAAUAAAUGGAGCUUAUUCGCCAAGCGGUGGCAACUUUUAUGCUGCGCUUUUUUGUUGUGCGUGCUCAUGGAACAAGCACCAACCUCAACUGCCGCAGGACACGGCGCCACCACCUUCAUGCCUGCUCUGGAAUGCUAUGAUCACUAUGGACGACCGCAAAAAUGUAUGCCAGAAUUCAUAAAUGCCGCCUAUCAGCUACAAAUAGAGGCCACAAACACUUGUGGUGAGAAUGGCGACAAUCACUUUUGUAUACAAACCAUGAAUCCGAAUCAUAAAAAUUGCGAAUUCUGUAGGUAUGAAGAUCAUUACCCACCGUACCUCACCGAUCUUCACGACCCACAGAACCCCACAUGGUGGCAGUCGGAGACAAUGUUUGAGGGUAUUCAACAUCCCAACCACGUCAACUUGACGCUGCAGUUAGGUAAAUCGUAUGAUAUCACCUAUGUGCGCAUCCUCUUCCGCUCUCCACGUCCCGAGUCUUUCGCCAUUUAUAAACGUACUUCGGAAAACAGUGAAUGGACUCCGUAUCAGUACUACAGUGCAACUUGCCGUGACACAUAUUCAUUGCCUGACUCGCGUGCCAUACUAAAGGGUGAAGGCGAGGCGCAUGCGCUCUGCACCGGCGAAUAUAGUGACAUAUCACCGUUGCGUGACGGUGAAAUCGCCUUCUCCACGCUAGAGGGCCGGCCGAGUGGUAUCAUUUUUGAACGCAGCAGCGAAUUGCAGGAAUGGGUCACAGCCACCGACAUACGCAUCACCUUGGAUCGUCUGAACACAUUCGGCGAUGAGCUCUUCGGUGACGCACAGGUACUCAAAUCAUACUUUUACGCCAUCUCCGAUAUCGCAGUGGGCGCACGUUGUAAGUGUAACGGUCACGCUAGCAAGUGCGUAGCCAGCACCGGCAUGCACGGCGAACGCACAUUGGUCUGCGAAUGUCGUCACAACACCGAUGGACCGGAUUGUGAAAAGUGUCUGCCUUUGUACAAUGACGUAAAAUGGAAAAGGGCAACAUCCACUGAAGUCAACGAAUGCAAAGCUUGCAACUGCAAUGGUUUUGCGGACAAAUGCUUCUUUGACGCACAUCUGUUCAAUAUAACUGGACAUGGUGGUCACUGUUUGGAUUGUCGGGAGAAUCGCGAUGGACCUAACUGCGAACGUUGCAAAGAGAACUACUACAUGCGCGAAGACGGCUACUGUAUCAACUGCAACUGCGAUCCGGUGGGCUCACGUUCGCUUCAAUGCAAUAGUCACGGCAAAUGUCAAUGUAAGCCCGGUGUAACUGGUGAAAAAUGUAAUCGCUGUGACAACAAUUAUUAUCAAUUCGGUCAGCAUGGCUGCCAGCCUUGUGGUUGUGAUGUGCGUGGCUCUGCUGACAAUGUGCCAUCAUGUAAUCCGGAUACUGGCAUUUGCCACUGCAAGGAAAACGUAGAGGGAAAACGUUGUAACGAAUGCAAACCUGGUUUCUUCAACUUAGAUCUGGCGAAUCGUUUCGGCUGCACACCCUGCUUCUGUUACGGUCACACCUCUGAAUGUCAAACCGCGCCUCAUUAUUCUGUUGUUUCAAUAACUUCGAACUUCAAUAAGCACAAAGAACGUUGGACUGCCAUGGAUAUUUUCAACCGCGAUGUCGAUAUUAAGUAUAAUCAGUAUAGCCGCAGUAUAGGCACGACCGCACAAGGCAACGAAUAUAUCUACUUUCUGGCACCUGAUCGCUUCCUUGGCGAUCAGCGCGCCUCAUAUAAUCGCGACUUAAAAUUCAAACUGCAAUUGGUUGGCCAAAUUGCACCCAGCACCAGUGCUAGUGAUGUUAUUUUGGAGGGCGCUGGCACCAAGAUUUCUUUGCCGAUAUUUGCGCAGAGCAAUGGAUUGCCCGAUCAAAGUGUGAAGGAAUACUCUUUCCGGCUGCACGAACACCGCGACUACCAGUGGCAACCCACCCAAUCGUCCCGUGGUUUUCUAUCAAUACUCUCCAAUUUGACAGCAAUAAAAAUUCGCGCUACCUACUCCGUACAAGGAGAAGCUAUUUUGGACGAUGUAGAACUGCAAACGGCUCAUCGAGGCGCUGCCGGUCAGGUUGCUACAUGGAUCGAGCAGUGUACUUGCCCAGAGGGUUAUUUGGGACAGUUCUGCGAAUCUUGCGCGCCUGGUUACAGGCAUAGUCCAGCACGCGGUGGUCCAUUUAUGCCUUGCAUUCCUUGCGACUGUAACGGUCAUGCCGAAAUUUGCGAUUCAGAAACCGGACGUUGCAUUUGUCAGCAUAAUACAGCCGGCGACAACUGUGACCAAUGCGCACGUGGCUACUAUGGCAACGCCCUGGGCGGCACACCUUACGAUUGCAAACGUUGCCCCUGUCCCAAUGACGGCGCUUGCAUGCAAAUUAACGGCGAUACUGUAAUUUGUACCGAAUGCCCAAUUGGUUACUAUGGCGCGCGCUGUGAAAUGUGCUCGGACGGUUUCUUUGGCGAUCCAACUGGCCUCUACGGCGCUGUACAAACGUGUAAAGCCUGCGACUGUAACGGCAACGUGGAUCCCAAUGCAGUAGGUAAUUGCAAUCGUACUACCGGUGAAUGUCUCAAAUGUAUACAUAACACCGCUGGCAAACACUGCGAUGAAUGUUUACCAGGACAUUUCGGCGAUCCACUGGCUUUACCACAUGGUCAAUGUGACCGCUGUACCUGCUACCCACCGGGCACAGAACAAAAUCAAGAUGGUAUUACACAGUGUGAUCAAGUCACUGGUCAGUGUCAUUGCAAACCAAAUGUAAUUGGUCGUGACUGCGGCGAGUGUCAGCCGGGCUACUUCAAUAUUAUGUCGGGUAAUGGUUGCGAGAACUGCAUGUGUGAUCCCAUUGGUAGCUACAAUUCCACCUGUGACAAAUUCACCGGCCAAUGUUUCUGUAAGCAAGGCGUUGUUGGUCAACAUUGCGAUCAGUGUGAAGUCUAUCAUUACGGAUUCUCCCAGGAGGGUUGUAAGACAUGCGAGUGUGAUGAGAGCGGUUCGAAGGGAUUCCAGUGCGAUCAAUAUGGUCAGUGCCCAUGCAAUGAUAAUGUAGAGGGUCGCCGUUGUGAUCGUUGUAAGGAAAACAAAUAUGACCGUCAUCUGGGUUGCAUCGAUUGUCCGGAUUGUUAUAAUCUAGUGCAAGAUGCGGCUAACGAGCAUCGUGCCAAAUUGCAAAACCUCAGCUCAACAUUAGACGAGAUUGCGCGCACACCCGUUACCAACGAUGAGGAAUUUGAGGCUAAAUUGAAAACUGUCCAAGAAAAAGUGAAUAUACUAUUAACCGAUGCAAAAUAUGGUGCUGGUGAAAGCGGUCAGACUUAUGCUGAAGUAUUGGAUGACCUACACAAGCGUCUCAGCAAUAUCCGUACUCAUCUCGUUACCGCCGACGAACUGCAGGACAAAGCUAACCAUGAGAUCGUUAAGGCUAGACAAAACUACACAAAUGCUCACGAUAUUAUUGAGGCUGCCAAGAAUGAACUACAGAAUGCGCUGAAUCUACUAAAUGAUGAUGGCGCACAGGCACUGGCCAAAGCCAAGAAUAAAUCUGUGGAGUUCGGUGUGCAAUCAGAUCAAAUAUCGGAGAUAUCACGUGAAGCGCGCGCUUUAGCUGACCGCUUGGAGUCUGAGGCACAAGUCGACUUGAAGAAUGCCAAGGAUGCCAAUGAAGCAGUGGAGAAAGCCUAUGAGUUGGCUAAGAGUGCCAUCAACUUACAACAGAAAGUUAGCGACGAACUGCGUUCGGAGGUGCGUUUGGAGUUGAAUACCGUAAAGCAAUCACUGACCAAUGUAGCACAAACAACUAAGGAUGCUCUGACGAAAGCAAACGAAGUUUAUGACGCCGCCCUAACUAUGCUAACGGAUGUCAACGGACUAAGCGCACCUGAAAUCGAUAUCAAAAAGCUAAAGAAGGAUGCGUUGGCCGCAAAUGAAGAGGCUGAUCGCAUGCUGAAGCAAGUUAACGAUAUAUCCAAUAGCAAUGGUAACAUAUUUGCCGACUUCGAUGAAGAAUAUGAACUAGCCGACCUUCUAGUUCUCAGAGCGAACGAACAAAAACAAGACGACAUCAAGCUUCUAAAGACAGCUCAGGAAGCAUUUGAUAAGGCCACAAAAGCUGUUGAACAAGGCGACAACACACUGAAAGAAGCCAAUAACACAUACCACACUUUGGCAGGCUUUCAGGCUGAUGUGCAGAAAUCGUCGGAAAAAGCUGAUCUAGCACUAAAGACAGUACCAAGUAUCGAGCAGGAAAUCGAAAAUGCCGAACAAUUAAUAAGACAGGCGGGAGAGGCUCUAAUGGGUGCGAAUAAAAAUGCGCUGGAAGCAAAAACGAACGCCCAGCAGGCGCAAGAGAAGUAUGCCGAACAGGCAUCACAGGAUGCGGAAAUAAUUCGCAAAAAAGCAAACGAUACCAAAGUCAAUGCCCGCAAGCUGCAUGAUGAAGCUGAUCAACUCAAUCACCGCGUACAAAUUACUGAGAGCAGCAUUGCUAAGUUGGAUGAAUCGGCUAACAAAGACGAUAACCUGGUGGAUGAUGCUAAACGAAAGGUUGGUCAAGCGAAGGCUGGCGCCCAAGAAGCACAGGGUCAGAUUGAUAAGUCUAUACAAGAACUCGAUGACAUCAAGGAAGAAUUGGAAAAUCUCAAAGAUAUUAAUGUGGACGAUUUGGAUAAACUUGAAAGUCGCCUCGAUCAAGUGGAGAUCGAAUUGAAUCGAGUCAAUUUAACUGGUCGUAUUGAGAAGUUCCGCGACUUACGCAAUGCGCAAAAGAAAUGGAUCGACAAGUAUGAAAAAGAUUUAUACGAUUUGGAAGAGCAAGUUGCAAAUAUUCGUGCGAUAGCUCAAGCACUACCUAACGAUUGUUAUUCGCGUAGUCGACUGGAGCCAUAAGCGAUCUGUGAAUCGCUAAACACUGCCCAAUAAACCAUAGAAACAAGCUCAGAAGAGCAUGCCUGGAAAGAUUUUGAAUGGACAUUUGUAGUAGGGCAUGCGAAGUGAGAAGUUAAAAAUCCAAAUACUAUAUAGUGUCUCAUAUAAAAAUAUUUUAGUGAAAAAAAUUAAGUUAAGCUUUAAAAUGUGUUUCAAUUCUGUUUUUUUUUUAUGUAUACGCCCUUAUUUUCUUUAAGCUGUUAUUACCGAAAUGAACAAAAAAUGGACCUAUAAAUUUUUGGUUUUGAAUUUUUGUCCAUAAAUAUUUGUAUGUACGUGGUAUAUUCGUUAUAACAUCCGACUAAACUGUACUCUCUAAUUUACUAAAACCCUGUAUUAACGAAUAUCAACUGCAAUAAAAAUUCGGCAUGUAACAUUUUUA